UUGGUGUCCCGAUCGUGGGAAAUGAAGGAGAUCCACCCGGGCCAGGCGGAGAGAUUCUCUCUUUUUGGCUCCCGCUCCUCGGGCAAACCCUCCAACCCCCCUUCCUCCUCCUCCUCCUCCUCCUCCUCUUCCUCCUCCUCCUCUCCCGCGGCGGCCCUGAGCAAAGCGGAGUUCCUGGACUGCGUGCGGCGCAGUAACCAGGCCUGCCAGCAGGGGGAGUUCGGGCUGGCCGAGCGUCUCUAUGGCGACGCCCUGGCCUCCGACCCGCAGAACCCCAUCCUGUACAGCAACCGCUCCGCCGCGCGCAUCCGUUUGGGCCAAUACGGCCCCGCCCUGGAGGACGCCCUCCAGGCCCGCAUCAUCAACCCCAAGUGGCCCAAGGUAAGGCGCUACCGGAGGGUCACCUGUUGCCGGGCGAGAUCUGAGAAGGGAAGGGCGUCUCCGGACUGGUAUCCGGAAUCAGAGCGGGUCAUCGGUGAAGGUUCAGUGGGAUCCUUCUCUGAAGUGGACGCCAACCAGAUGUUUACGGAGAGGCCUGUCAUUAGCCACGACCACAUGCUGCCAAAGCCUCUACGUACAAGUGGCGUCCGGGGUCAGGAGGUCAAAGGUCAGAGCAGGGUCAAAGUGUGA